CAUCAUGGACUGCACUCCAGAUGUAAGCCACAAUGAGCAGCUAUCAGUGCUGCUGCGAAUUGUCAACUGUGAGCUCACAAAGGGAGUUUCUAUCCAUGAGCACUUCAUGGGAUUUCUUGUGGCAGAUGACACCACUGGCCAAGGUCUUCUGCAGCUGUUUCUAGGACACCUGGAAAGAUUGGGGUUGGACCUCUCCAACUGCCGAGGCCAGUCUUACGAUAAUGGCAGUAACAUGCAAGGCAAAACACAGGGUGUCCAGGCGAGGAUGUUGGAACUCAACCCCAAAGCACUGUGUGUGCCAUGUGGCAGCCACACCUUAAACUUGGUGGUGGGGGAUGCUGCAAAGUCCUCAACCAUUUCUCUGGGAUACUUUGGCACACUACAAAGGCUGUACACUUUGUUUAGUGGCUCUGUUCAGCGUUGGACCAUCCUUCAGGAGCAUGUGAAAGCUUUCUCAGUCAAGGCCUUGUCCACUACAAGAUGGGAGUGCCGGGUGGAUGCUGUCAAGGCUGUGCGCUACCAACUCCCAGAGAUCGUUGAUGCGUUGACAGCUGUGCACAAGCAUGCAACAUUGAAGAAAGAUCCAGAAUGCGCCUCCACUGCUGACAGCCUCAAGGAGAACAUGAUGAAGUGGUCAUUCAUGAUUUCUACAGAUGUACACAUCCCCGACCCUGAUGCAUGAAAACCGGUGCCCCACACACAUACACACACACACACACACACACACACACACUCUACUCAAUCUCUCCUCAUUCAGUCACAUACCCUUUCUCUCUCUCUCUUUCACUCCCACAUAUGUUCCCUCUCAUACACAUGCAUUCUCACUCACUCACUCACACACACACACACACACACACACACACACACACACACACACACACACACCUCUCUCUCACAUACUCAUUCUCUCUCUUUCUCUCACACAUGCACGUACACAAACUUUGCCUAUUUCCUUUUUUAACUAAUUUUGUUCAAUAAAUACUUCGCAUUUUGACAUAC